CGAAGAUUAACCUUUAAUUUCAAAUUAUUCAAUAAUCUGUUCAUUAUAUGAACUAAAAUUUAAGUCAAAAUGGCACGUACUGUUGGUAAUAUCUUUGCAAUUGCGUUGAAUGUUGUAUCCAUUUCAAUUGGGAUAUUUGGGAUUUCUAAAACCAUAUAUAGCCCCGAUCGGGUACUUCCUUUGCACCUUAUAGGAGCUGGUGAAUGGCAAUUUCUUACAAACUUGUCAUUAGUCUACUCGUUAAUAGUAUUUGUUAUUGGGUUAAUUUCACAUGUCACUAAAUCGCAAUUCUUGUAUCGAUUGAAAAAUGAUCUUCAUCCAGUUGGGCUCGCAUUAGAGACAGUAGUGGCGUUAGUAUAUUGGCCUUUGAGGAUUUGGUUCCUUCAUCUACUCGUUAAGGAUCCAAGUUCUUUUGCAUUGCCACUCGAUGCAGAUUUGGCCAUUCAUUUGAUGCCUGUGAUUUCACUUCUUGUCGAUUAUUUGGCUUUUAUGCCUGCUUGGACUCUCAAGAAGAGUACUGCUUUUAGUAUGUGUGCCAUUUUGACCACUGCUUAUUGGUUUUGGUUACAUCAUAUCAUUGAUUUUGAAAAUGGUGGAGCUUAUCCUUACAAUUUUUUGAAUGUUUCCAACAUUUAUCUUAGGAUUGGUAUUUUUUCAUUGGUAGGACUCACUGGAUUCAGUCUGUAUUUAUUAAUGAGAAAUGUUUAUGUUUGGGUAGUUAGAAAGGAAUCCACACAGUAGAGAAGGAUAGAUUUAUACGUGAAUACAAUUUAUUUAUACA